AUGAAUGAGGAGUGGUGUGUGGCAGGAGAUUUUAAUGAAGUUUUGAGAAAAGAAGAGCGCAUUGGGGUGGGAAGUACCCGUGAUUGGAGAGGUAUGGAAGAUUUCCGAUGUUUUGUGGAGGACAUGGAUUUAAUCGAUAUUAAUUGUGUAGGAGGGAGGUUCACUUGGUUCAAAGAGAAUGGAAAAUCUAUGAGUAGAUUAGAUAGAUUUUUAGUUUCUAAGAAGUUGGUAGAGAGGAAGGGGGGAUUUUGUGAUUGUGAAAAAUUAAAAAAGUUGAAGGAGCGUCUCCGGGAGUGGAAUAGGGAUGUGUUCGGUUGGAUUGAUUUGAGGGUGGAGGAGGAGGCGGCAAAGAUAAAUGCUAUUGAUAGGGAGUUAGAGUUGAAUAUGGGAGAAGAAGUGGAUGAUGUAGUAGAGGUUAGAAGGAAGGCGACUAAAGAUUUUUGGGAUUACCUUAACUUUAAAGAAAGUAUGAUUAGGCUAAAGUCUCGAAAUCUUUGGUUAAGGGAGGGUGAUAGGAAUACAAAAUUUUUCCAUAACUCUUUGAAGGAGCGUAAUAGGCGUAAAGCUAUUACUUCUUUGGAGACUCCUAAUGGUCGGGUAGAAGGAGUUGAGAAUAUUAAGGAGGAGGUUAAAAGACACUUUUUUGAAUUCUAUAAGGAGGAGGAUAGUGAGAGGCCGAUUCCGGAGGGUCUUGAGCUUAGAGCCAUUGAGGAGGAUGAGGUGACUUGGUUGGAGAGAAGGUUUUCGGAAGAAGAGAUUAAAGAGGCGGUGUGGUCGUGUGAUGGGAACAAAAGCCCCGGACCGGAUGGUUUUACUUUAGAAUUCUUUAAAAGAAAUUGGGAGGUCUUAAAGGAGGAGGUGUUCUCUUUUGUUGAGGACUUUUACGAAAAGGCAAAACUCACCAAAGCUUGCACUUCUUCUUUUAUCACGCUUGUGCCUAAAGUCAAAAAUCCUCAAGCCUUGCAUGAAUUUCGACCUAUUUGUUUGGUGGGUAGCUUGUAUAAGAUAUUGGCUAAGUUGUUGGCUAAUAGACUUAAGAAGGUUAUUGGAAAGCUAGUUUCUAAGAAUCAAUCGGCUUUCAUAGAAGGAAGAAAUAUAGUAGAUGGUAUACUUGUUGUGAAUGAGGUGUUGGACUUAGCCAAAAGAGAAAAGCGGAGUUGUGUAGUGUUGAAAGUCGAUUUUGAAAAGGCUUAUGAUAGAGUAAGUUGGAAUUUCGUUAGGUAUAUCUUCAAGAGGAUGGGUUUCGGUAGUCGGUGGUUGAGGUGGAUGGAGUGUUGCAUCUUUACUAAUUCCUUGUCCGUCCUUGUAAAUGGGAGUGCAACCAAAGAUUUUAGGGUGGAGAAAGGCCUUAGGCAAGGUGACCCCUUGUCUCCGUUUGUGUUUGUCUUAGUAAUGGAGGUCCUAACGGCUUUAAUGAAGAGGUCUAAGGAGCUAGGGGAGUUCCGUGGUUUUAAAUACAAAGAAGACAAGGAGGUUUAUUUACUUCAAUUUGCGGAUGAUACCAUAGUCUUGGCCGAAGGAGAUACCGGGAACUUGUGGAGUUUGAAGGCUAUUCUAAGAGGUUUUGAAAUGAUGUCGGGGAUGAGGAUCAACUUUCAUAAGAGUAACAUUUAUGGAGUUAAUGUAGGAGAUUGGUAUUUAGAAGCGGCUUCGUCAUUCCUAUCUUGCAAAGUGGAUUCUCUACCUUUCAAAUUUCUUGGUGUUAGAGUGGGAGAAAGUCCUAGGAAAUUCGCGAUGUGGAAGGAUCUUUUGGAGAUGCUUAGGAAUCGUUUGAAUGGGUGGAGAGGUAGAUUCCUUAGUAUGGCGGGGAGGGUGGAGUUGGUGAAUUCGGUCCUUAACGCUAUUCCCAUUUAUGCGUUAUCCGUUUACAAAGCUCCUAAGAAGGUGUUGGAAGAAAUAAGAAGUAUUCAAAGUAAGUUUCUUUGGGGCGGAGAUAAUAGUAAGAAGAGUAUUCAUUGGGUUGGAUGGGAUGUGGUUUGCAAAAGUAGAAAGGAAGGAGGUUUGGGAGUAAAAAAUGUGGAGAUAAUGAAUGUAGCGUUGGUUAGCAAAUGGAAAUGGCGUAUUUUAACGGAGAAGGAAGCGGUGUGGCAAGAUUUGUUAGAAGCUAGAUAUGGCAAUCCGAAGCUAAAAGUGUUGAUAGGGGACAAAUCGGUUUUGAACAAAAAAGAUUCUCAUUGGUGGAGAGAUUUGAUUAUGUCGGAUAAUUACGAGAGGCUUCUCUUUGACCAUUUUACUAGUGCUAUAAAGAGUAAAAUUGGUAAUGGAGAGUCUUCUCCUUUGUGGUAUGCCUCUUGGGUGGGACAAAGAUCGUUGAUGGAAUCUUUUCCCGAGCUGUUUUCCUUGUCCGUAAACCAUUUGGUUUCUGUUAAUUAUGCAGGUGAUUUUAUUGAGGGAGAGUGGCAAUGGGACUUUGCGAAAUGGUUUGGAGAGGGGACGGUGGCAGCAAAAGAAGCAGUAGCGAUUCAGCAAAGAAAUGGCCAGCGGAGUGGUACGGUGCCAGCUGCGGUUUCUAUGUCUGAGGAAGAAGUUGCUGCCAGCGCAAACAGCAGAAGUGGCGGUAACACAGCAGAGGCGGGUUCUGCUAGACAACACAGCAGAAAUGGUGAAUCUAUGGUGUCUGGGCAGCAACUUAAGGAGAUGUUGCAGAAACUAUUGGAGCUGCUUGACCGAGUUGCUGUCAAGGAGUUCGGAGAGGAUAGCUUCUCGUGGGAACGGAAUCCGAAUGGUGUUUUUUCUGUUAAAUCAUGCUAUGAUUUUUUCAAGACUUCUCUUUUCGGGCCUCCAUUGGAUAGUAAGAAGGUAUUGGCGUUAAACUAUCUUUGGAAGUGUAAAGUCCCGCCGAAAAUUCUAGUCUUUGGGUGGAGAUUUAUACACGAAAGGUUAGCCACUAGGGAUCAAUUGGUUAGAAGGAGAGUGUUGGUGGAAGGAGUGAAUUCUUUAUGUCCUCUUUGUUUGGAGAAGGAGGAAUCUCAAUCUCAUAUUUUCUUCUCUUGUGACAUUACUUCACACAUUUGGAGAAGGGUGUUUAUGUGGUUAGAGUUAGCCAACCUAUUAACCCUCGAGGAGUUGGGUGAUUUUUUCUACAAUUAUGAGAAGAUCCCUUGUUUAAAUAAGAGAAUGAUUGUGGCCUACGUUUGGCUUGCUACGAUUUGGUCGAUAUGGUCUAAGCGUAAUGCGGUGAUCUUUAGAGAGGAAUCGUAUAGCUUUAAUGAGUUGUUUUCUUCCUUUUCUUACGGUGUUGUCCUUAUGGAGAACCGUUGGCAUAAGGUUAAGGGAGGUGGUAGGAGAGUAGAGAAAUGGGACUUUGCAAGAGAUGACAGGAGAACAUCUCCUUUAGACUCUAGGUCAUCUUCCUUUUUUAUUACUGAGUUCGAUGAUAAGUGGAAAGCCCAAGACUUGUUCUUUGAGUUAAAGGAGUUGGGAGAGAUUGAGGAGGUGGUUAUUCCUCCGAGAAGGGAUAAACAUGGUAGAAGGUUUGGUUUUGUUCGAUUCUUUAACGUUAAGGACGAGGAGCUGUUGGCAACUAAGUUGGACAAUAUUAUUCUUGAAGGAAGGAAAAUCUUUGCAAACUUGCCAAGAUUCAGGAGAGUUAACGGUGCUCAGGGAAAGGUUUUUAAAAAGGAUGCUUCGAAGACGAAUGAUGAUGUUGUGGGAGCUAAGUAUGUGGCUCGGAAUAGAUCAUUCAUGGAAGCAAGAAGGGGUCAUUCAUCUUAUGCAGAGAUUCUGCAAAAUAAUCAUGGUGAUGUUGGUUUGAAAAGUGUUAAGAAACUUUCUAAACAGCUGGUUUUUUCUACGAGUCAAGAAGAUAAAUCCAGGUAUCUGAAGGCCUUCACAGGUAGGUUGAGGGAUCCCGGGAAUACGGUAGAUCUUAAAAAAUUGUUUCUGGAAGAAGGGAUCUUUUCGAUCAGGGUAACCAGUUUGGGGCCUAAUUUGUGUCUGUUGGAGGACCUGAUAGGUGGUGAGGUAGAAGUGUUCAUAGAGGAGAGAAGAAUGUGUUGGGAGCUAUGGUUCUCUUCUAUAAAACCUUGGGAACCUUCAGAUAUAGAUUCAUAA